AGGAAAGAAAAACUUAAAAGUUGGGCACCAAGAACUCACUAGCCACCACUCCUGCGCUAUGAAAGCUACCAAGAAGACCAGAAAAUCCACGGCUCGAAACACUGGAGCCAAGAACAGAAAGAAGAAGCCCAAGUACCUGAGUCUCCGCCUCCAACUUUCCCAACAAACCCACUCGCCACUAAGACCUGCACGUGUGACGCGUCAACGGCACAAACAAGAACAGAAGCAACGGCGGCUGCAGCAGCAGCAACAGAUCCCGCUUUUCGUGGAGGACAUGCACGAUGAUCACGUGGCCAUGCUCUUCGACACCUCCACCAACAGCACGGCCGCCAGUCUCCAAGGCAUCCUGGAGAACUCCACCUCUGCCCCCUCCACGACUGAGCGGGAGGAGCCGUUAUCACCAUACGCGUGCGCGGAGGAGGGGUCGCGGCUUGUAAGGACGGCGAUGAGGUGUAAGGAGAGGGAUGCGAGUGAGGAGAAGUGGGUUUGUUAUGCUGAAGUGGUGGAGGAGGUGAAGAAGGAGCAGGAGGAGGUAAGUAGUUGCUGCUGUGCUACUACUGAUGAUCAUCAUCUGCAUCAUGAUGAUGAUGGUUCAUGGUUGAAAGGUAUAGAUCAUCAGAGGAGCAGUGGUGGUGGGUCCACCACCUCCUUGGUUCUGAAGCUUGAUUAUCAACACAUAUUGAAUGCUUGGUCAGAUAAGGGCCCGCUUUUUGUUGAUGAACAAGUUGUCCCUGAUUUGCAUGACCCAAACCAUGGAUCAACAGAGUGCUUGGGAAGUGUUGGGAAUAUAUGGAGUGUUCCAGAGGUUGGUAGCACCAAACCGAAAGAGGAAAGUGGAACAAAAGAGGGGUGGAAGGUUGCACAAAGAGAAGCAAGCAUAUUGAGAUACAAGGAAAAGAGGCAAAACAGGCUCUUCUCUAAGCGUAUUCGAUAUGAAGUCCGUAAGCUUAAUGCUGAUAAGCGCCCUCGUAUCAAGGGUCGUUUUGUGAAGAGAACCGGAGAAGACUGAAGAACAGAGUUUUGAACAUAAUAUUAUUGCCUCAUAUGUGGAACCUUGUUCUUUCAAUACCUUAAUUAUUUUCCUAUACCAUCUUUUGUCCAUUUUGUCUUCUGCAUGAUAUGGGCAA